UUUCUUUUCCACUGAGGCGCAGCUUUGUGAGUGCUUGCGCGUGCGCGUGUAGUCAGCCAUCGCUACUCGCCUAAACCUCUCCCAAACAAUGGCCGAAAAAAUGUCUUUACUGAGUCUCGAAGACGAUUUGACAUGCAGCAUCUGUUUGUGUGUAUUCGACAACCCAGUGAGUUUAAUCUGUGGACACAGUUUCUGCGCCAACUGUCUCGAAGCGGCGUGGAGCGACAAAUCAUCAACGCUGUUUUGUCCUCACUGCCGUAUGCAGUUUAGUUCUAAACCCGAGCUGAGGAAGAACACCGUCCUCGGUGCUGUACUAGAGGCCUAUAAAGGAAACUCGGGUAUCUCUGAGUCUGAACCCAUGAAGACACCCGUUGAGGUGAUAAAGAACGAGCCAGAACCGAUAAAGUGUGACAGCUGCAUGGAAGCCCCAGCCGUCAAAACUUGUUUAACGUGUAUGGCUUCUUACUGUGAGGAUCAUGUCAGGCCUCACCGGGAGAACGCGAUAUUCCGCGCUCAUCAGCUCUCUGAUCCGCUUUCUGAUCUGCUGGAGCGUCUCUGUCCCGAUCACAGCAAGCUGAUGGAGUUCUUCUGCUCCAAACACGGGUGCUGUAUCUGUAGCAAUUGUCUGCAUUUUGGACAUAAGGGCUGUGAGUUCACCAGCACAGAUGACCAGCGCUUCAAGCAAAAGACGAACCUGAAUGGCAUGCUUAACACCCUUGAAGUCAAAAUAGACAAGAAUCAGCAGGUCGUCGCUCAGAUGAAGGAGCAACAAAUUAAGUUAAAGGGCUUGGCUGCAACCCGCAAACAUAUUCUUGAGACAGAAUACAGACAGAUCAGACAAAUGAUCGACAGAGAUGAGAAUGAGGCCAUGCAUGCCAUUGAUGAGGAACUGAUAAAAGGUCAAAGCAAACUGGCUUCCAUGAUGAAGAAAUUUAAUGAGAACGUCGAGAAAAUGAGCAGUACCAAAUCUGAGAUCAACAGUCUGCUGGACCAGUCACAGUCACUUACCUUCCUAAAGGCCUGUGUGAAUUUGCCAUCAGUGGUUAAUUUUGAGCCCUAUAAUCCUCGCAUUAAUGUGGAUAGUAACAAGGUAAUUUCUUACCACUCAUCUGCAGUUGCACUGAAAGAAUGGAUAACUAGAUUACUGGAGCAACCAGCAGAAAACCGAAUCCUUGUACUUAAACCAGCCCAAUUCUCAGAAAACCGUGAGAGUUUUACAGCUCUGCCAAAUCCAAGAGAAAUGUUCUCUCAACCACACACACAUGUGAGAUCACCUAGUCCAGGAGCUCCUCUCAGAGGCAGAGUUCAAGGAACUAAACAGAAAAAUCAGCCCAAUAAGAGUCGUGCUACUAAAGAAAAGAAUGACAAGCCACGUAAAGACCAAAGUGCCAACAGAACUAAGAAUAAUCCUAGGGAAAUGAAUCCUUCUCUUUCAAAAAGCAUGGAAAACAUCACAGACAUGAUGACAGCAAAGUUAAAGAUGUGUGAAAUUGUUACAGAUCAAUUUUCUGGUGGUUCAAUGGCUGCGCAGAGUUGGGUUCAAAGGAAUGAACUUCUUAAAUAUGGCACUAUCCUCAAUUUUGAUGUCAGAACGGCUCACAAGCGGAUUUUGCUCUCUGAAAAUUUCACCAAAGCUUCAGUCUCAGAUGAGCCUACUAACUAUCCGGAUAUUCCUACUCGCUUCUCUGUUUGUUCCCAGGUGCUCUGCACCAAGGGCUUCUCUCAGGGGCGCCAUUACUGGGAAAUCAAAAUGAGCAGCAACAACUUCUGCGGAUUGGGGCUCGCAUAUGGUAGGAUCGACCGGAAGGGUCCAUCCAGCCGCCUGGGCCGCAAUGUGGAAUCCUGGUGUGUGGAAUGGUUUAACGUGAAGCUUUCUGCAUGGCACAACAGCAUUGAGACGGUGUUGGCGAAUCCAAACCCCAGUCGUGUGGGCAUCCUGCUGGAUUGUGAUGGGGGAAGUGCAACAUUCUAUAACGUGCAGGACCGGGCCUACCCAUUUCACACUUUCGUGUUUCCUUUCUCUGAGCCUGUGUAUCCAGCUUUCUGGAUCUUUUCAAAUGGCUCGAAUGUCUCUCUGUGCAAGCUCACUAACUAAAACUAGACUAGUCAACAUUUGAAGUGGAUCAAAAAAGUUCAUCAGAGUUUUCCUAAGACAAGAACGUGUAUUAGUCAAAACUUAAAAGUUUUUUUUAUCCACUUAAAAUGUUAACUAUAUAUAUACAGGUAACUGAUAUUAAAUGAUUGUCAAUGUUGAUUCUUUAUGGUGAAAUGAACUGGUUGUUUUGUGAUGAUAAUAAUACGGGUUUCUUUUAAAGGCAUGUCAGCCGAGGUAACAUUCAUGUAAAUUAUUAUGUUGGCUUGGCAUGUCUUAUAUCUUCAAAUCAAGUAUAUAUUUAAUCAUGACCAAUCAAGUUGGUCACUUGGUUUUAAUAAAUAACUGGUGACUGUAUAUUUUUGUGCUUAUCACCUUAAAUAAAUUAAAUUUUCAUUUGAGUUGAAACAAAGACAUAAAACUAAUGUUGGGAAUUGUUUGCUGGACAAUGGUCAGUUAUAGAUUUCUGGUCAGAACCCAACUAUUUGAAUCAAGUAUUUCAGAUUAAUGUAAUGUAUUAUAUAACAUUUGUGUUAUACUGUACAACGGGCAUGUUGAAUGCUUUAUUCUGAUUGGUUGAGUAAUGUUCCAUGGGUGUUGAGUCUUUUUCAGUAAACCACACACCUAACCUUUCAAAUGUCUUAAAAAUAGGCACCAGAGCAAUGUUUGUGAUAACCGUGGGACAAUGCAUUAUAAUGUAAGCAUUACCGCCUUGGGUGUGCAUAAUUUCUUUUAUAAUUCAACAACCUGUUUUCAAUUAUUCCUUUCUUAUGUAACCUAACCUUUAUGUCAUUGUGUAUAGCUUGUUAAUCGCAUAUUAUUUUAUUUUGUGGACUUGGUUCAAAGUGCAUGGCAUAAAAUAAAAGACUACAGGUGUCAUAUGUGAAGCAUGUAUACAUGGCACUUUCACCUCAAUUUUUGCCAAAUUAAAAUGCAAUAUCAAAACAAAUUUUAUUUAUGAUUUAUGAUGGUAAAGUAUUGACGAUGUCCAUGUAUUAUAUGAGAAUAUGUUUCUAAAUAUUGAUUACUCUUCUCUGUUGUAUUUGUAUCCUUGUGAUGCUAUGCAAGUGCAUGUGACAUUUGCGAUUUCUAGUCUUAAAAUGGUUCAAUCUUGUUGGUGUCUCAUGUUGUUUUAUGUUCAUAUCAGUGAGUAAAUGGACCAAUUCACUUGUAGGCGGAAUUAUUUCAAUUCUGAUAAAAUUUCAAAUGUGUUGAAGAAUAAAGGGAUGCUGAAUCUCUA